AUGAUUGAUACCUUUGAACUUAUGAACCAAAUGAUCAGUCAAAUGCAACAGAAAAUUUUUGUCUUAGAACAACAAAUAAAAGAAAAAGAAAAGAAUGACCAAAUAAUAAAGAAUGAGUUAAAUCAUUUUAAACUUCUUUUACAAGAAAAUAUACAAUACAAAAGUAAAGAACAUGAAAAUACCCAAUCUAAUUUGAUGACACCUAAAGAAUCUUUGAAUCAAACUCUAAUAACGUCUGCUUUAACUAAUUCUCAAAUACCUACUAAAGAAGAUAUUAUAAAAGAAGAAGGCUCUGAUACAACAACUAAUCUCUCACAAUCUCCUCUUCUAACUAAUGUUAAGAAUAAAUGCUUUAUUUGUGGUGAAGUAAUAGACUCUGAACAAUUUUCUUCUCACUUUCUACAUCAUCAACAAUCAAUACCUCCUCAACCAGUCACAUGUUUUGCAAAGCCAUUAAUUCCAAUUUCUUCAAUUAACCCAAACAUUAAACCUUCUCAUCAAAACGCUUCGAGUUCAUCUGGUCAAUUAACCCCUAUUGUUUUAUCUCCUCAAACUUCUUCAAAAUUUCCUUGUCCUUUAUGUGGUGUUAAUUUAACGACUAAUGACCUUUUAAUAAAACAUAUUGAAGCUGCACAUUACAAACUUUUAAAAUAA